GUGAACCUUAAACUUUUUCAUUAUAAAUAUAUGCUGCCAAGAUCUGAUGGGAGGCAUAAAAAAUUUAGCUCCAUACAAUUAAUCUUUCCACAUAUAUACCCCUCUGGUCUUCUCUUAUAAGCCAACAGCAGAUAGUAUGAAUACUGAGGUUAUGGAGAAGAAGCUGUAUGAUGCAUGUUAUGAAGGAGAUGUAGAAGCAUUGGAGGCACUGAUACAAGGAGAUAAAUUUACUCUUGCUCGAGUUUCGCUGUCUUCUACCUUUAACCAAACACCCUUGCAUCUAGCUUCUAUGUUAGGUCACGUUGAAUUUGUUAAGUCUCUCCUUUCGUAUAAGCCUGACGUUACAAAAAAUCUAGAUCUGCAAGGUCGUUGUGCCCUUCAUUUGGCAUCUGCCAAUGGAUAUCCGGAUAUUGUUAAAUUGUUGAUAGAAUAUGAUGAGAACAUGUGUCGACUUUGUGACGAGGAUGGAAGGACCCCUCUUCAUUUGGCAGUGUUUAUUAAAGGCCAAGAUGAGUGUGUUAGUGAGUUGCUAAAAGUGAACUCCGAGUCUGAUCAGGAAAGGACCGUGUUGCACCUGUGUAUCAAGUACAAUCGUUUGAAUGUUCUCGUUUCUAUUUUAGAAUCGAAUGAUCAGGACUUUUCAAGCAUCAAACAGGAUGAUGGGAAUACUUUGAUACACUCUGCAACAGUUUUGGGAAGAUUGCAGAUAAUAAAAUACCUAGUCAAGUGUAGAAGUGAAGUGGACGUGAAUUCUGUAAAUGAAAAUGGUCUCACCGCCUUGGACAUGGUAGAGCAGAUGCCCAAAGAUGUGAAAAGCAAGGACAUUAGGGAGUUUCUUAUCUCAGCUGGUGCUUUGAGGGCUCAAGAAAUUGAAGCAGCAACUGCGACUAGCCUCCUGAAUCCUGCAAUAGCUUACAGUAACAGGGAAACCUCCCGUUAUAGCAAGCUGGUAAAGGGAUUGGAGGUGUUGAAAAGGUCUAGCCUCUUUCAGAAAACAGUAACAGAGAAAGACGAUACCUUACUGAUAGGAGCAUCUGUCAUAGCUGCUAUGGCUUACACGGCAGCUAUUAGCCCUCCCGGUGGUGUUGCUGCAUUGGAUGCCGUUCCUAAUACAGAAGAUAACCCUUGGUUUCAUUUAUAUUACCUUCCACCAGGAGGUUCGCUUCUAGCCUACUUCUGGCCAGGUUUGAGUAAUUCAUUUUGGAUAUUUAACACAAUCUCGUUCCUCGGUGCUCUAACUGUGAUACUUCUGUAUGUAAGCGGUGCAAUGAAAACGAGGAUUGUAGUCUUUGCUACACAGAUCAUAAUGCAGCUAACACUCACCGCAAUGACUGCUGCCUAUCUUUGUGCAGUGGUAGCCACCAGCCCAACAUAUGGUUCGAAAGACUUAAGCAAAUCGUACAAGCAUAACAAAAUAACUCUGGUAGUUUCCAUUGUACUGGUUGCAUGGAACCUAAUAAUUUUGGUGACCAUACGUAAAGCUGUUCGUGCUUCCUUGCACUACGUGAAAACGACAAUUAAAGAGAACGAAGCUGCGAGCAACAAGAUCUAUACAAUUGAAGACACUGCCACUUCCACAACCCCAAGUAAUCAUAUCGUGUGAUAAUUGUAGUGUUUUAUGUUGCAGUUCUUUGUUUUGCAUUGCCCUAGCUUCUGUAAUUUGUCACACUGGUAUCUUG